GACAGUUCCUGAGCCAAUAGCACGGCGAGAACGACAUACUUUCAGCCAAUCAGGUAACGCGCAGAGCUGCAGACCGGGUCUCACAGCUUGAGGAAGACCCAACAACGUGUAUUCUCUACAGCCAGAGGCUUGGUUCAUCGUCUGCAAUGGGUCGCCGCAAAUCCAAGCGAAAGCCUCCUCCUAAGAAGAAGAUGACAGGGGAUCUUGAAACUCAGUUUACAUGUCCUUUCUGCAACCACGAGAAGUCAUGUGAUGUCAAAAUGGAGAGAAGCAGAAAUACUGGGAUAAUAUCAUGCACAGUCUGCCUGGAGGAGUUCCAGACCCCCAUUACCUACCUUUCAGAGCCCGUUGAUGUGUACAGCGAUUGGAUAGAUGCCUGUGAAGCAGCCAAUCAAUAGCCCUCAUUGAGGCCGGAUGCCUUUCAGGAGAGGAAGAACGAUGAGGUGACCAGUUGGCCUGGGUUUAUAAGGAUCAAGUUGGUUAGAAGAGGAGUGUGGAAAUAUAAUAUAUUGUUUGUUUUCCCCUGUCAGGUCCUUGUUACUCACAGGUUAAAACUGUGUUCACUUUAGACUUUAAGCUAGGUUCUUGCAGACCCAUUUCGAUACAAACAGGCCCUGGAUGGUUCUGUUGUUCUUAAAAGUUCUGUCUUUUCAGCUCAUAACUCUUGUUUUGAAAUCCUGAGUGACAUUUGUCUCACAAUUUGUUCUCUCUAAUGUACCCUGACUUACCUUCGCACAUCCAACCAGGCAGGCUGCAUGUAAACAAAUUGUUUUAUCUUGGGCUUCAUUUGUGGAUUCAUUUGGUGUAAUGAAAACAAGUGUGUUUUGCAGUCGUAACUGACAUAGAAGAGUAAAAUAGAUUCCAUAAAUUAUUACGGCUUUUAAAAACAAAUCUUCAACCGCUCAAUGUUUAUGGAUUGAACAAUUGUAAAUUUAUUUGAUAGACCUUUGAGCCCAUCAAAUAUAUUAAAUAAAAUAGCAAGGACUGCCAAGGUGGCUUUCAGAAAGAACAAAUAAAUUCUUGAGUUGCCUGCAGAGAGGCCCAUCUUUUAGCUUAUGGUGGGAAAAGCAAACACUUUCAAAAUUUGGAUUUUGAGAGAGAAUAUGAACUCCGCAGCUGUAUAUGCUGUUAAGGAUUAUGUCUGGGGGUAGGUCUGGUGUACAUAAGAGUGAACAGUGUUAUGAAUGUCAUACACACCAAUUUUCUCUCAAACAAAAUCUCACACUAACAGCAGCAGGAUCUAGUUGGAGAGGGCUUGGUCCAAGUUGGCUACACUGCCAUGUACAAAAGCUAGGAUAGAGGUUUCACAUGGGACUGAACUUCAUCUUGGGCUGAAUGUCACAAUUUAAGCUGACAGUAACACGUAUGAUGGCACUGCACGUAGCAUUUGGUUGACAUCUCGGUUUAAUGCUGUGUAGUUGAUUUGGAAAAAGUCCUUUUUUGUUUUUAAUGUAUGCAGACGUAUAUCAUCUAUGUUUAUCAUGCUAAUGACUCGGCUCCUGUGUAAAUUUUAGUUAAUUUUAAAAGUAAUUGUUACCCACAGUUCACCUCAUCUAUGUACAGUCAUUCCAGUGGAGAGAAGGACAAUGUGAGGAAAACAGACUUGCGUUUAGCUGCUAAAAUCUUCAUAAGUUAGGAAGUGUUUCAAAUUCUAUCCUAACAGAUUCAGUGAUCUGUAAUAUUUAAUAUAUACAGGGAAGUGCAAUCCUGCCCGUAUGAACCUGUAAUAUUGUUUUUUUUUUUUUUUUUCCUUUUUCUUUUACAAGAACCAUCAGUGUUGAAUUGUUUACUCAUGGAAAAAAGUGAACUUUUUAUUCUUAAUGUUAAUGAAAUUGAUGAGUGUGACUUGAAAUAAAGGUAAAUGGAAGAAUAAAUUUGUGAUGGUACUACAUUCGGGUGAUACAGUAGGUCUGUUUUCCUUCUUUUUCAAAGACAUUGCCAAUAACUUCUGAUUGGUUGCCCUUUGUCAGAGUGUAACUAUUUUUAUGCGGAAAUUAAAAAUAAAUUAUUUAGACACCAUGA